AUGUUCAUCAUCGGCGACCUGCUGCAUUCUGCCUACCGCACUCUGCAGGAGAACACCGACCCUCGACUUUCGGAAUGGCCCUUGAUGGGAUCCCCCGUACAAAUACUGACGAUCGUCACAAUCUACGUUCUCUACGUCAAAAUUCUAGGACCAUCGCACAUGAGCAAUCGCAAAGCGUACCACAUCAAGCCCCUGAUAAUCGCUUACAACAUGCUCAUGGUUGUAGCGAACGCGGCGUUCUUCAUCAUCGGAGGUAGGCAGACUUAUCUCGGCGGUGGAUACUCAUGGUUCUGUCAACCCCCGAACAGCGGCUCACAAGCUCAACAGAUGACUGUGAUCACUAUCGGAUACUACUACAUGAUCAUGAAGAUCGUCGAGUUGAUGGACACGGUGUUUUUCGUUCUGACCAAGAAGUUCUCUCACAUAUCGCUGCUGCACGUAGUUCAUCAUUCGUUGGUCGCCUGCACCGUCUGGCUCGGUAUGAAUUUCGGCGCCACCGGUCAAAACGCUAUGUUCCCGCUUAUAAACUGCGUGAUCCAUUUCAUUAUGUAUGGCUAUUACGCGAUGGCUGCUCUGGGUCUCCAGAAGUACCUGUGGUGGAAGAGAUACCUGACGCAGAUACAGAUGCUGCAAUUCAUCGCCCUCAUUGUCCACGCAUCCAUACCCGUGUUCUACGACUGUGGAUUUCGGCCCGUCUUUGGAUACAUCGUAAUUUUCGAAGCGUGUCUAUUCUUCAUGCUGUUCCUGAACUUCUACAUCAAGACUUACACGAAGAAACCGCUUGCGACCAGAGGUGGAAACACCCACGGUGCCUCCACGUCGAAGACAAUAAAAUGCUCCUGA